CGCGGAUCGAUCGAUCAGUGAUCGGAUGGAUCGGGAUUUUUCUGAUGGAUAUAUCGAUGUGAGGAAGGUGUCAAACACAGCGGCUGAAGUUAAGAAGAGAUCGUGCGGGACAGUAAAGAUGCGAGCGCAGGCCCUGCUGCUGUACCUGACGCUGCUGCAGACGGCUGGAGCCGCUUUCCCAGAAGACACCGAGCCCAUCAGCAUCGCACAUGGAAACUACACUAAACAGUACCCAGUGUUCGUGGGACACAAACCAGGCAGGAAUAACACACAGCGACACAAACUGGACCAGCUGAUCGUCAUCAUGAACCGGACGCUGUAUGUGGCUGCGAGGGAUCACAUUUACACGCUGGACAUGGAGACGUCCAGCACAGAGGAGAUCUUCUUCAGUAAGAAGCUGACCUGGAAGUCCAGACAGGCGGAUGUGGACACCUGCAGGAUGAAGGGCAAACACAAGGACGAGUGUCAUAACUUCAUCAAGGUGCUCCUGCAGCAGAGCGAGGACUCUCUGUUUGUGUGCGGAACCAACGCCUUCAACCCGUCCUGCAGAACCUACAGGAUGGACAGUCUGGACGCUCUGGGUGAGGAGAUCAGUGGGAUGGCCCGCUGCCCGUACGACGCCAAACACGCCAACGUGGCCCUGUUCGCUGAUGGGAAGUUAUAUUCCGCCACAGUCACAGAUUUCCUGGCUAUCGACGCAGUGAUCUACCGCAGUUUAGGAGACAGUCCCACACUCAGAACCGUCAAACACGACUCCAAAUGGCUGAAGGAGCCGUAUUUCGUGCAGGCGGUGGAUUACGAGGACUUCAUCUACUUCUUCUUUCGGGAAAUCGCCAUGGAGUACAACAGCAUGGGGAAGGUGGUGUUUCCGCGUGUGGCGCGUGUGUGUAAGAGCGACAGCGGCGGCUCUCAGCGUGUGCUGGAGAAACAGUGGACAUCUUUCCUGAAGACGCGCCUGAACUGCUCCAUUCCUGGAGACUCACACUUCUACUUCAACAUCCUGCAGGCCGUGACCGACGUCAUACACAUCAGCGGACGAGACGUGGUCAUGGCCACCUUCUCCACACCCUACAACAGUAUUCCGGGAUCAGCUGUGUGUGCGUAUGACAUGUCAGAGAUCGCUCUGGCCUUCACCGGACGCUUCAAAGAGCAGAAAUCACCUGACUCCACCUGGACACCUGUGCCCGAGGAGAGGGUGCCCAAACCCAGG